CUUGCCGGCGGCGGUGUGCACUGGACCGGAAGGGCGCCUGGCGACUACAACAACAACAACAGGCAACCUCCCGGCUCCUUUGCGGACGAUUCCGUCAUCCGAUGCGGCCCUGGACCGUAUUUAACCCGCAACCCUCGCUGUCAGCGCAGACUACGAGACGUUUGACGGCAUCCCUCGCUUCUGGCGUCUCUACCUUUUGUUUUCCAUCCAAUCGACGGUAAAAAUUUGGAUCCUUUUGUGCCUAGUAGGCCCAGCAAGCUGAUGAACAGAGACAUCUGCAUCCACACAUGGCCAUGUUCUUAUUAUUUGGAACCUGAGAAACGAUGGAUUCCUGGCAAGCUUUCAUUGACUUCUGUUUUGCUAAAAUUUUUGGCGGAUAAGAAUGGAGAACAACUAGUCAGCUUCCCCCUUUCAAGCAUUAAUGAGAUUAAAAAAGAAUCAUCUCAUUUCAUCUUCAGCUCUAUCACUAUUCUGGAGAAGGACCAUAGCAAGCACUGGUUCGGUUCCUUCCAGCCCAGCCGGAAUGUGGUCUUCAACAUCAUUGAGCAUUUCUGGAGGGAGUUGCUGCUGUCUCACCCGGGAGCUCAGGCAUCUUCUCCCCAGAUGACCAAGGGUAAAGAGUUGACAGGCCUAAUGGCUUGUUCCCAGAAACGGUUAGAAGAUACAGCAAAAGUCCUUCACCAUCAGGGUGAGCAGUUUGAUAACAUCAUGAAAGGACUGGACAAGAUUGAAUCAGAUAUGGAUGUAGCCGACAGAUUGCUCACAGAACUCGAAUCUCCUUCUUGGUGGCCCUUUAGUACCAAACUCUGGAAAAGUCCAUCUGAAACAAAACCCAAGGAAAGCACUUCAGUAUCCAGUUCUGAGGCAUUUGGAAAAUCAGGGGUGAUAAUAAAAGUCCCAGCAAUUAUUUCACAAAGCACCGAGUUGCAUGCUAAACCAGGAAAACUUACUGUCUUGGUUUCUGGCUUGGAAAUCAGUGACUCUAAUUCUCAACUUUUGCACAGAUUUGAAAGGGAAGAUGUAGAUGACAUUAAAGUUCAUACCCCUUAUGAGAUCAGCAUACGCCAGAGAUUUAUUGGUAAGCCAGACACAGCCUAUCGACUAUUGUCAGCAAAGAUGCCACAGAUUAUCCAAAUUUUAGAAGUGCAAUUCAGCAAGAAAAUCGAGUUUUUAGAAGAUGCAAUGGUGUUCCAAAGCACAAGAGACUCACCACCAGCAGAGAAGGGAGGUGCCAUCUGGCGUGCAGCAUCUGGGCUAAUAGAAAGCGUGGUGCACCACCCUGGACCUUCCCUCAAAAGUGGAGAAAGCAGUCAGAUGCAGUUACAAAUGAAUGAGCAGGUUUCUGAGGAAGAAGCUCAAGAAUUAAGACAGAUCUUGAAGAAACUGAAGAGCAUUGCUCUGGAAACCGAGACGGAGCUUGAGAGGCAGGAUGAAGUCCUUGAAGGCAUGACUUCUUCCGUGGAGCGUACCACCCUGACUAUCGACAAGCAGAAUCGCAGGAUGAAGAAGCUGCUCUAGAACCACAGGCGGGGAACUGGUGGUUUGGUGGUAACAUGAAACUCUCAGGAGACACAAGUGACUUUAUUUUUUUUAAGAUAAGUGAUUAUCUUAAUGUGGGGUUCUCUCAUUGUUUCUGUAGCCUUCAUUUAUAGAAAAGACACUGGAAUAAUUUCCAGGAUCAGAUGCAUGUUUGGCAACUUUCAGCAGCAAAAGAAGCAGAAACUUUAAUCAUGGUGGAGUGGUUGAAGUCAGCUCUCUGUCACGAAGACUCCUUACAGACAGUGUGGUUCAGGGGUUGUGAGGACUUUCACUAAAGAGAUUUCCAUGCAUUGAAUAAGAAGUUGUAGCUUUUUUUUAUUGGAGGGGGAAUUUCACAGUUAAAAAAAAAUGAACAAUUUAUUUUUUCUGUGUAAAAGCCUAAGUGCAUAUAGGUUCCUUCAAUGUGUGAGGUUGUGUGGUGCAUUUGUUUGUUUGUUUUCCUGGAAUGGGAAUCAGAUCCCUGGUUUUGACACUAUCUAGAUAAGUGACUGUGGGCAAGUCACGUAGUCCCCUUAGGCCUUAGUUUCCUCAAUUAAGAGAAAAACUGCCAGUAAGAAGGUUGGACUAACUUAUCCCUAAGAUCUCUUCUAGUCUACCCUUCUGUUGCAUCUAUGAGAGAGAAAAAAAUAUUUCUAUCUGUUUAUAGAGUACAGAAGUAUUCUUGCUUCUGGAUACUGUAUUGAAACUCUGGAGAAGCCAUGGGUGUGUGUUUAACACAAAGUGCCAAAUGCAGAAAUUCCAUUUUAAGCAAUUAUGUGUAGUUUUAAAGUAAUUCGUAGGUCAGCUAUUCAGGGGUUCCCUCUUUUAGAUGUUCAUGCAACAAACAAACAAAAUUGAUAGUUACUCUUUUUGAAUUAUUGCAUCCUCUUCUGCUAAACUUUAAAGAUGAGGCACAUUUUGGAAAAUUGAUUGUAUUUUAAUCAGAAGAGGAAAAUUAAAACUCUCCAGAAAGAAGCCAACCUGUCUUUCUGAGUACAGGCAUACCCUGUUUAAAUGAAACCCAUUGCUUGGUUGCAUAUUAAACUCCAAAUAUUUUUCUUAAAAGCUUUCAAAUGGGUUCCCUUUCAGCCCUUGAAAACCUGGUGCUCCAUUGCAGUGCUUGUACCCUGGGGUGAUCAUGCCCUUUGGGACUUUAAAACUCUACAGGGACUGCUUGGGCAUUAAUCACAUAUAUUCCCUUUUAGAUGUGGAAAUUAAUUUACUCCAUUUCUUUCAUGAUGAUUUUCUUUGAUAGAGUGGGUUUAUAAAAUUGUGCCAGCAGACUGUUCUAUUUUUCUUUUUAAUUUUACUGCAGUUUUCUAGCUGAGAACACCUCCAGGAUAUCUUAUAAACACCUUAAAUUUUCAUUUACUGCCCAGUUCUUUGGCCAAAAAUAAAAAAGGGCAGCUAGUUAUAUAGUAUAUUUUAAAAACUCAUGUUGGUCUUUGCUUUUACUGCCUCAUUUCUAGCCAGCAUUGAAAGAAAACUGCUAUAUGUAGUGUACUUUUAAAAACCUAUAUUGAUUUGGAGGGGAAUGUAAUUUAUGUGUUUCAGUUAGCAGACCAGAAAUUAACACUUUCUCCUCCUGGUAAGAAUUACCCAUGAAACAAAGUUACUUGUGGUCUACAAACUCCAUUCUGGUGGUGGGGGUCAGGAUGGGGGUGCAGAACAUAAUGAAAAGUAGAUUUAUUUCUGGAAAUCAUUCCUAAACAAUCACGGUUUUAUCUUCUCAUUACAUAUAUCACUAAUGAUUUAUUACCAUUUUAAAAAUGUUUUACUUUCAGACUUGAAAUAAUUUGAUGAAGAAAUAGUUUCAGGUGUAUUAUCAACAAUUUUUUGGGAAAUGCUGGUAUUUGGGGAUUAAUUUUUAUUCCAUUAACAAGUGUAAAGGGGUUGUUAUAGCUUCUUAUGAAAUUGGAGGUGUGUUGAAGUCGUCACUUAGAUAACUGCUGAUACUGGCAACAACCCAGCCCUCUAUUUCAGUUUGGGUUGUGGCAUUUUAUAUUUGUACACUUGGUACUUCGAGAAUUUUCCUAAAGACUACUGAGAAAUUGUGGAUAGAAGAAUGGUGCUUCAACAUAGAUAGAUAGCAUUCUUGGAAGGCUGAUGGUCUACCUCCAGAAGGCAAUCAUCUCAGAAGUGAAACUGUACAACUUCUAAUAUGCACACACUACAAAUUGUCCUUUGAGUCCUUUAUGUUUCGUUUGGCCCUACCUAGCUUUCCUUCCCAAGUUAGAAUUGGGCCUACUGAAGUAAAGCCCAGUUGAUUUCAAAGACUCUUUUUUCCCCCUGAAGAUGAUCAUGUGAAUAUCAGUGACUUUUUGGAGCCUUUUUCUUGGACAAUUAUAGAAUCUGGCGAGCUUUGUAGAGCUUAGGACCACUCAUUUUAGAGGUUCAUAACAUUUUAGCUUAGUUCUAAGUAAAUUCUUAAGUCUCUUCACUGUUAAACACCUUGGCUUCCAUCCAUAGCCCUUUGGAGAAGAUAUUUUAAGUCAGGCCUACCCUUAAACCAAGGUAUUUUUUGUUGUUGUUGUAUUGUUUUGUUUUUUUGGUUUUUUGCAGGGCAAUGAGGGUUAAGUGACUUGCCCAGGGUCACACAGCUAGGAAGUGCCAAGUGUCUGAGUCCAAAUUUGAACUCAGAUCCUCCUGAAUCCAGGGCCAGUGCUUUAUUCACUGCGCCCACCUAGCUGCCCCCAAAGGUAUUUUUAAACAUAUUGAUUGAGUAGGUUAUUUUCUUUAGCGUAUCAAAAAGGCAGGCACCAUACCAUCUGCACAAAUUAUUGUGCUAGGUUUGGAGGAGGUCACAAAGAAAAGGAAUAUAAAAUCACUGCCUUCAGGGAACUUGUAUCUAAGAGGUAUGAUAUUACAAGAUGCCAACAAUACAAAAUGGCGUGUAAGUAACCAAAGAGUUGAAUCAAUAGUGCCACACGGGUUCAGAGGAAGGUGAGACAUUUCUGUUCAUCUACAAUGGACAUGGGAAGAACAAUUAUACAUUUAAUACCCAAAUCUACAUAUAACUUCAACUUUCUUCCCUUUUCUCAGAUAGAACUUGCCUGGAAUCACUAUUCUCUCCAUAAGCUGUGGUCACUCCCCUGCUUGGACUGCUAGUACAACAAGCCUGUGUGAGCUCUGAUGGUAGUUCCUGCUUUGGGCACCAUAGUAUCAGUCAACAGGGCAUAUGUUGGGCAGGAGACUAGACUUCAAGUUCACAAAGCUUGGGUUUGAAUCCCAGAGACCCUAGGCAAGUCAUUUCCCCUCUCAUCUGUAAAAUGGGGGUAGUGACACCUGUAACAUGACCUGUGCUUGUUAUGAGGAUCAGAGAAGUGAUGUUUAUAAAGUACUUUGCAAACUAUAAAAUAUUUUAUAAAUGUUAUACAUAACACACAUACAAGUACGUGUAUAUACACAUUACAUAUGAUGUACUUGCAUAUAUGUACAUUUGUAAAAAAAAAAAAUCAGGAUAGGCAUUUAAAGGCAUGACACCCCCCUACCCCCAAGAGACUAAGGAAAAAAAAUGCUUGAAUGUUCUUUCAGCAGGUUAUGGUUCUAUUCUGUUCUGUUCUAUUCUAAACAAUCAGUUUACUUGAGAGAGAUAGAAUGAGGUCAUAGAAAUGCUCUCAAUAAUUGAUGUUGGUAUAAUCCUCUUCUAUCAGAUUAGUAGAGGAAGGAAAUAGUAAUAAUACCUCCUUACUUUCGUAUAGAACUUUCUAAUUUUAAGAGCUUUUUCAUAUGUUAACUCAUGAAUCUUAUAUCAGUGCUAUGUAGUAGGCAGGAAAGGUAGUGUUGCCCCUGUUUUUAGAUGUGUUCCUUUUCAUUCAGAUUCUGAUAUGCCCAAGGCAGCAUCUCUAGGAUUAUAAUUGUGACUAGGUCUAAAUUUUCUGAUUCUCAGGUAGAGUGAGUAUUGGGUACAGUUAGAAUACAUCUAACUCCUGCAAACCCUUUGUCAAGGUAAACCCUGACAAGAAAUGUGGUGUCUUACACAUACCCCUAGCCAGUAUUCCUAUAUUGAGUCCAUUUGUUUUCUCUUGAUCCCCCCUGGUCAGGGUCAGGAAAACCUUUUUUUUUUUUUUUUUUUUUGGGUGAGGCAGUGAGGGUUAAGUGACUUGCCCAGGGUCACACAGUUAGUAAGUGUCAAGUGUCUGAGGACAGAUUUGAAUUCGGGUCCCCCUGAAUCCAGGGCUGGUACUUUAUCCACUGUGCCACCUAGCUGCCCCCAGGAAAUCCUUUAUUUCUAAAAAAUGUCAUGUUAUUAGGCAGAUGCUGUUCAAGUUUACUACUGCAGAACAUCCUGAGGUCAUUUGUUUACUCUUUAAGGUCCUCAUUUUAUAAGGACAAAUUUAGAUAGGCAUGUUACUCUUCCCUGGUAUGUUUCAGUUCUUUAUAUGUAGCUACUACUUAGGGGAACACUUUCAAAAGUUGUACCCUCGAGUUUUUACUCUGCUUUCUUCUAUCUGGUAACCCUUUCAUCUAAACUCUCCACUACAAUUCCUUGGAUUACUAUAGACUAUAAGCAGAUAAAAGCUUUCAUAAGGGAGGAAGGAGAAUUCCAGGAUAAGAACUGUUUACAGUGAAAGAUGGCAUCAGUCAAACUCAAGAGAUUGAAUGUACUUUGAAGUUUAAAGAGCUCUCCAGACCCAGUAUUAUGCAAUCAGUUGCUGCUUCUGACAUUGCUACCUCAGAUUUAAAAGUAGCUGUUAUGUAUUAGCUUAGCUCACCCAGGUACUGCUUGAAAUGACUUCUUGUAACCACCUGACUUUAACCCAGUUCCUUGUCUCUGAAGGAAGAAGACUCAUAACUAGUUAGGCCCCCAAAUUAUUAUGCUUCUGGUCACAAUCUACUGAUAUUGCAAUAUAAACUUAUCAGUCCAGGAACUGUCCUCUUACUAAAAGUCUCAGCUGAUAAAUUAGAGUUUUAGUGUGUAAAUAACUUCUACCAGAAACCUUGCCUGCUUCACAACUUCUUGGUUUCUAUCUUGUUUUCUAGAUGCUUCAUUGAGGUUUCCUUGAGAAUCUUGGAAUCUCAUAUUGGGAAGGGGUAUCAGAAGUCCUUUGGUCUAGUUCAUACUUGAGCAAGAAACUCUUCUACAGCAUCCCUUUAAAGUGGUCAGUCCAGUCUUUAUGUGAAAACCUCUAGUGAACUCGCUGUAUUCCAAAGGGUCCAGCCUCACUUUGGGGUGGCUCCAAUUAUUAGGCUGUUUUUUUGUGACAUCAAAUUUAAAUGUGUGACCUUGCAGCUUCCAUACGUUGUUCUGGGCCCAGUUAGAAAAAGUCUGAUCCUUUUUCUGCAUGACAGCUCUUCAGAUACUUGAAGACAGAGAUCUUGCCCUGCCCUAGCCUUCUCUUUUCUAGGCUAAACAACCUGGUUGUUUCAACCAGUUCUCAAAGACCUAGCAUGAUCUUGAGGCCUUUCACCCUCCCACUUCUUGGUCUGUGCUCAUCAGCCUGGGGGAGGUGUCCAGAGAAUACGAAGUGAAAUGAUGAUGGUGACUGAGGCUUUCCAGAAACUGGUCCAGAAGAGACGGUGACCAUUGAGUACAGUGGAAUUUGGGGGAGGUAGCAAAGGGAGGCUAUGGAGGAGCUGCCUGAGGAAUAGGGUGUAAAGACGGUUUCCAGACUCCUCUUCCUGAGUCGUGCAGCAUUCCUUCCAUUCUUUACAGGCUUUCAGAGGCUGUCAUGUCUGCCAUUUCUCCCACUGCCCUGGGAUAAAAUUUGUCAAGGUCUGCCAUAUUGAGCUUAUCCAGGCAUCUAGGUACUUCCUUCUAUCUCCCUACUUAUCUUGGGUGUCAGCUCCCUAGUAUCCCUUUUUUUGUGCCAUCCAUGGAAGAAAACAGAACAGAACAGGAAAAAGAGAGCCAAAUAACGUUUACCUUUCAUGUAGUUCUGCAUGCCCCUGAACUACAUGUCUGUUCUGCCCUGCCACUGCUACUGCUACCACUCUCUCUAAUCCAGACUAUCAGACCAGGAGGAGCAAAAACCACUCAACUCUUCAUUCCUCCAUCCCUGUAUCUUUGUCUUCAUCCUGGUCAUUUUCUGCCCUGCCACCAUGGGGGUACCUCUUUUCUUCCUCUCCAUCUUUUGCUGAGAAUUGUAAUCAAACACACACCAACAUUGUCUUUGGAAAGAGAAUGUCAGUGGACUAUCCUCUUGUUCUACUUACUGUCCCUGUGACUUCUUACAUCAGAUCACCCUUCCUUAGAAACUGCUUCCUUGUGUGUGCUGUCUCCUUCUAUUAAGAAUGUCUUUGAAUCUCCAUUGCUUAGCACAGUGCUUCACGUGUGGUGAGUACUUAGGGCCGAAUUUCUGUGUAGAAUUUUAGGCCAUUGAAUCUUACUGGUCCUUUCUCUGAAUCCUUUGAAAAUUGUCUCUUAAAAUCUAGGAUAAAUAGCAGACUGUGCCCAGUUUUACUUCUGUAAACUAAUGAUGUGGAGUGAUCACUUUCCCCCAGGCUCCCAUUAUCUCUACUUCAGCAGCCAGUUCCUCGAGGUUGGUGAGAAAAAAAAAAUAGCACUUCCCCUCUUUAUGUAUGCCCUGUGCCUUUUAAAGGAUAAAAAUACUGUGAAAGGAAGCCAAGGAGUUACCUACUCUGCUUUUGACAGAGAGUUCUAUCAGAUGUCCAGAUAAUUAAAGGCUCUCCUUAUUACUCUAUUACACCACCAGGCUAAGCUUGUGAUCCGUUUCCCCAAAUCCUCGUCCAGCAGUAUCAUUAAUCUUCUACAUGCAUCACAAGUGGUUCAUAAUCAUCGGGUUUGACAAGUCUUCCAUGAGACAAGUCUGUAAUGCCAUAGGUAUAUGCCACAGGAAGACAGUGGACCUAUCUCAGAAGAUAGGAAGGUGGCCUACAGCUUCUUUGCAGAAAAAAAUUCUGGUGACCCACAACUUCAUCUUUGAGAAAGAGUUGUAUAUGUUGUCAGUGACAGUACUCUGAAAAGAUGUGUCCUGAUUGAUAGAUGCCAUAGCUAGGGGAGAUUAGGUUCAUCACUCCUAGAAAAAUACCAUUGUUCCUUUAUUGUCCUUUUUACUUCUCUUCCUUGACUUUCCCCCCAAAAGAAGGUGAAAUCUCAAAUGGCUGCUUAAGUAUUAUAUUAAGAAUCUUGGUUAUAAGAGUCUUGAUAGCUUUCCUGCAGAGGGCUGGAAAGCACGCCGAAGUAGUGGCCAGUUUAAGGGUGCCUCUUCAGUUACAGGUAAGUAACCCUUCUGACCCACUGAAAUGUUAUUUCAGCUUUAUAUUAAAUAACCUUUUGUCUCUACUAUAAUAGGAUUGCUAACUUCAUUUGCUUUAAUUUCCUUUUUAUUUCCUAGAUAUUGAAAUUGUGACUCAAGAUAUUUGUAUUUGAAUGUGUGAGCAAAGCCACUUUUAUAAAAUUAAUUUAUUGAGACCAGAAAUUUUUUCCUGUAGAAUUAAAUAUCUUAAUUUAUUUUGACUCUGAUGCCCCCAAAAGAAUUAUUUGCACUUGUAUAUUCUGAAUAGUUUUUAUUACUGUGCUUAGUUUUACAUUGUUUAUAAUUAUAGGCAAAGGUAAAAAACAAUUUCCAUGCAGCUGUAAUGAAUGUCAACAUUGAACAUUAGCCCAAAUAAACUACUUUGACAUCUUAUGAAAAACUGAUUAGUAUCUGGAAAUGUUGUGUUCUAAUUUUCUAAUAAUUAUAUUUAUUAAUUAAGUUGGGUUUUUGUUGUCUGUUCAGAGCCUUAUCCCUUAGUACCUUGUGAUUUCAGCCCUCAAAUUUGCAACCAUAUACUUAGUCUCUAUUCGGAGAUUUAUUUCCAUUGGAAUGUAAAUUGUUACAUGAUCAGAUUUUCCUCUUAUCGAUUAAAUAAUUUCAACCACUAUAAACUUCUUUCUACAUUAGCUCCACUAGCAGUUAAUACAUCUCUUUUUCUUAUUUUUUCGGGGGGGCGGGGCAAUGGGAGUUAAGUGACUUGCCCAGAGUCACACAGCUAGCAUGUGUCAAGUGUCUGAGGCCAGAUUUGAACUCAGGUCCUCCUGAAUCCAGGGCCGGUGCUUUAUCCACUGCGCCACCUAGCUGCCUCUAAUACAUCUCUUUUGGUUCAGUAGACAUGUUAUUAAACACAUUAGAGGUCUGAGCAUGGUUCCUGCCAAUACCCCCUAAAAUCAACAGUAUCUCCUACUUCAUAGUUAACUUAGAUAAAAGGCAAACUCUUAGUUUUGUAAAGAAUUAAUUGUUAUUUGAGGUUUUUAUGCCUUGGUCCGCACUAGCCUGGGGCUCCUCAAACUGCACCGUGCUCCACCCACUGGUUGUAGCCGUUGCCAUGGCGCUGGCACCUCACGUCAUCACCACUCUCUGAUGCCUACAUGGGCCUGGCAAAAUUAUAAUGAUUGGAAGCCUAGUGAGGGCAGCCAUGUGAC